UCGCGCCUGCCGGGAUUCCCACUCACUACAGUUCCCGGCAGCCUUUGCUCUGCCGCUCUUCCCCUGGUGUGCCGCCGCGGACUACGCUCCCCAGCAGGCCUUGCACCGCGCCGCCGCGGGCGGCAGAGGCGGCACGGGCCGCGGUGCGCUCUGGGACGGGGAGUCUGUGCGGUAGCGCGUCGUAGCGGCCCGCGCGGGAGGCGGCGCUCUGACCUGGCGGGUUCGCCCGGGCCGUGUCCCGCCGCUCCCGCCGCCGGCCCUGCUCGCCGGGAAGAUGGCUGCUGUCCGCAGGGCCCGCAGGGACUCCCGCUGCGUGGUGCGCUUCUCCGACCGAGAACUCUGCUAAGUGCCCCUCGCGGGCAGGGAGGACACACGGACCAAGCGGGGGAGCAGAGCCCCCGGGACGGGACAGCGCCGCCCGAGCGUCGGCAGCAUGAAGCUGAAGAAGAUUGUCACCCUGAUUUGGUAAGAACCGAUGACAGUGAAAGAUCUGGUGAAGCAAAUCUUCAGGCAGAGCUCCAGAUGUUCAGAGCUCAGUGGAUGUUUGAGCUUGCCCCAGGUGUGAGUUCUAGUGGGUUGGAACCUCUGCCAUGCAGAGCAUCAUCAAGAGAACCUGGACUAAAGUCUGUUGAUGCCAGGGGAAAACAGGAGAUAGCAAAAGAGGAAAAGGCAAAAGAACUUUUCCUGAAGGCAGUGGAAGAAGAGCGAAAUGGGGCCCUUUAUGAAGCCAUCAAGUUUUAUCGUCUAGCCAUGCAGCUUGUACCUGAUAUAGAAUUUAAGAUCACCUAUACACGGUCCCCAGAUGGUGAUGGAGUUGGAAAGAGGUGUGUUGAGGAUAGCAAAGAGGAUGACAAAAUGGCAGAUCUCCUGACGGAUUUCCAGCAGCAGUUAACUCUUCAGGAAUCUUCAGUCAAACUUUGUCAGCCCGAAGUUUAUGUCAGCCAGACCCACAUCUCAGCAUUGCCUAUGGAAGUACUAAUGUACAUUUUCCGAUGGGUGGUUUCAAGUGACUUGGAUCUAAGAUCAUUGGAGCAACUAUCUCUUGUUUGUCGAGGAUUUUACAUUUGUGCCAGAGAUCCUGAAAUCUGGCAUCAAGUCUGUUUGAGAAUAUGGGGCCGGAGCUGCAAUAAACUUGUUCCGUAUACAUCUUGGAGGCACAUGUUUUUGGAAAGGCCUCGUGUUCGAUUUGAUGGUGUAUAUGUCAGCAAGACAAAAUACAUACGUCAAGGAGAACAGUCCCUUGAUGGUUUCUAUAGAGCAUGGCACCAAGUGGAAUAUUACAGGUAUUUGAGAUUCUUUCCAGAUGGUCAAGUUAUGAUGCUAACAACUCCUGAAGAUCCUCAAUCUAUAGUUCCUCGCUUACGGACUAAAAACACAAGAACGGAUGCAAUCUUGCUUGGCCAUUAUCGCCUUUCCCAGGAAACAGACAAUCAAACCAAAGUAUUUGCUGUAAUAAUGAAGAAAAAGGAUGAGAAACCAGUUGAUUACCAUAAAUACAGGUAUUUCCGCCGAGUUCCUGCUCAAGAAACGGAUCACAGUUUCCAUGUAGGACUACAUUUGUGCUCCAGUGGGCGCCAGAGGUUCAACAAACUUGUGUGGAUACAUCAUUCUUGUCACAUCACUUGCAGAUCAACUGGUGAGACAGCUGUUACUACUUUCGACAUUGACAAAAUGUACACCCCUCUGUUCUUUGCACGAGUGAAGAGUUUUACUGCAUAUUCAGAAAAGCCGCUCUAAGAAACACCUUCUCCUCUCACAACUUUUGCAUGAGUAAAAGGUUGUAGCUAAUAAGCACUUAAGUUAUAAAUGUGUAUAUAUUUGGAGCAUUUUAAAAUUCUGGGAAAUUUCUUGAAGGCAGUAUGUUCUAUUUGAUUGUGAGUUGCUGGGAUUUUGUUUUGAUUUUUGUUUUGAGAAGCUUAUGCGUGUUAAGCACAUUUUAUUUGUGAUAAGAAUUUGAUAAAGUUUUGUUGUGUUCAGUUUUUUAAAAAAAUAUUUUUAAAUCAGUUUUCUUAAAAUGUGAAUGUUCAUCUGCCUAGACUCCAAUUAGUUCAAAAGGAAUCAAUAGGAAAACCUCACUGUCCAUGGGACAGUGUGUAUGGUCUCUGAUGAGGACUCGAAAUGUGAAAAGGGAGAAAGUUGUCAUCUGUUAAACUCUGUGACUUAAAAGAACUUCAAAUAAAUCUUUUCUUUAAAUUAAACUUAUUUUGUUUACCUUUAAGAUCUGGCAUUUUGUUGACAUCAACCUUAAGGAAAAACCGUCAACGGCAAGCAAACACAAAAUAUAAAAUUUAACUGCAGAGGUACAUCCCCACCAAUGCAGUCAGUUGGUUAUCAGUGUAACUUGAUCUUGGUAGAAGUUCAGUGGAGCCUGCCUUCUCCACGGGAUGUGCGUGGAGGGGAGAGGGAUACAGGCAAUGAGUUGUUCCCUUGUACUGUAGGGCGAGUUUGCAGGUAUGUGGCCCUGCCUGGGGGGUGUCACAGUGCAGGGGUGAAAUGGUGGUGUGUACUGCUUGUGCACUGGCCUGGUGUGAAUGCACAGCUAAGCACGGCUCACUUGGACAUGAUUGUAAUGUGUUACUGCCCAUCAUCUAACCUUGCCACACAUGCUGUAAACCCUUUGAGCAUUUGUUUUACUAAAUAAAUUUUGAGGCUGCUGUAGAUGUUCAGGUGCUGUGUACUGCUAAUCAUGAAGUGUUCCUUGAGGUCUGGUACAGGUACUGUACGCUGCUUCUCCUGCAUAUAUCGCUUGGGGGUGUAGUGCAGACAUUGUAAUGCUGCUUAUUAUGUGUGUAUCUUGGAUCCUGGAAGAACUGAAGCUUUUUACUGUAGGUUUUUUUAAAGCCAUUUUGCAUAAUUUACCUUUGACCGUCUUGUAUCAAAAUACUGAUCUGGACUUGAGGACUAAAAUAUGAAAGCUGUGGAAAGAACUAUACUUGUUCUAUAAUUUAUAAACUGUAUCUUUGCAAGGAGCUACAUGAUUAAAAAAUACAUCAAUAAAUUAUGAUUUUGAACA